UGCGCGGGUCCCUGAACUCCCGGGCGGCCUACAGGAGCGGAGAGGUUGUUGGUCUGCAUAUGUAUUUUCAUCCAGAAAUUAUCGACUGCAUCUGAGCCCUUUCAUUGCUUCUGUGGCCAGAGGGAGCUGCUGUUGCUUCCCUGUCCUACGUCUGGAGGUUGAACGACAGACACCAUGUUUCUGUACAACCUGACUUUACAACGAGCCACAGGCAUCACCCAUGCCAUUCAUGGCAACUUUUCAGGAACCAAGCAGCAAGAGAUUGUUGUUUCCAGAGGGAAGAUCCUAGAACUGCUGCGGCCUGAUGCCAACACAGGGAAAGUUCACACACUGCUCACCAUGGAGGUGUUUGGAAUUAUCCGCUCCCUCAUGGCCUUCAGGCUGACUGGUGGAACAAAGGAUUACAUUGUGGUGGGCAGUGACUCAGGGCGCAUAGUGAUUCUGGAGUACCACCCUUCCAAGAACAUGUUUGAGAAAGUGCACCAGGAGACCUUUGGCAAGAGUGGCUGCAGGCGCAUUGUACCAGGGCAGUACCUUGCUGUUGACCCCAAAGGACGUGCUGUCAUGAUUGGGGCCAUUGAGAAGCAGAAGCUGGUGUACAUUCUGAACCGUGAUGCUGCUGCUCGUCUCACCAUCUCCUCCCCUCUGGAGGCUCACAAGGCCAACACACUGGUUUAUCAUGUUGUGGGUGUUGAUGUGGGCUUUGAGAACCCCAUGUUUGCUUGCCUGGAAAUGGACUAUGAGGAAGCAGACAACGAUCCGACGGGUGAGGCAGCAGCUAACACUCAGCAGACAUUGACCUUCUAUGAGUUGGACCUGGGUCUGAACCAUGUUGUCCGCAAGUACAGCGAAGCGCUGGAGGAACAUGGAAACUUCCUUAUCACAGUGCCAGGGGGUUCCGAUGGCCCCAGUGGGGUGCUCAUCUGCUCCGAGAACUACAUCACCUACAAGAACUUUGGAGACCAGCCAGAUAUACGCUGCCCUAUUCCACGCAGGAGGAAUGACCUUGAUGACCCAGAGCGAGGCAUGAUCUUUGUCUGCUCAGCCACCCACAAGACCAAGUCCAUGUUCUUUUUCCUGGCACAGACAGAGCAGGGAGACAUCUUCAAGGUCACACUUGAGACAGAUGAGGAGAUGGUGACAGAGAUCAGGCUGAAGUACUUUGACACCGUCCCUGUGGCAACUGCCAUGUGUGUGCUGAAGACCGGGUUUUUGUUUGUCGCAUCAGAAUUCGGCAACCAUUACCUCUAUCAGAUCGCUCACCUGGGUGAUGAUGAUGAUGAACCCGAGUUCUCAUCUGCCAUGCCGCUGGAGGAAGGAGAUACUUUCUUCUUCCAACCCCGGCCUUUGAAGAACCUGGUGCUGGUGGAUGAGCAGGAGAAUCUGUCACCCAUCAUGUCAUGCCAGAUUGCUGAUCUGGCAAAUGAGGACACACCACAGCUCUAUGUGGCCUGCGGCAGGGGACCUCGAUCCACCCUGAGAGUUUUGAGACAUGGUCUGGAGGUGUCUGAGAUGGCUGUGUCAGAGCUGCCUGGUAACCCCAAUGCUGUGUGGACAGUACGGCGUCACAUCGAAGAUGAGUUUGACGCUUACAUCAUCGUGUCCUUCGUCAAUGCCACCCUUGUACUCUCCAUUGGAGAGACUGUAGAGGAAGUGACGGAUUCUGGUUUCCUGGGAACCACGCCUACCUUGUCCUGCUCCUUGCUUGGGGAAGAUGCGCUAGUCCAGGUGUACCCAGACGGUAUCCGUCACAUCCGGGCUGACAAGCGCGUCAAUGAGUGGAAGACUCCCGGUAAGAAGACCAUUGUGCGCUGUGCAGUCAACCAGAGACAGGUGGUGAUUGCAUUGACUGGAGGGGAGCUGGUGUACUUUGAGAUGGACCCGUCGGGUCAACUGAAUGAGUACACAGAGCGGAAGGAGAUGUCAGCCGAUGUGGUGUGCAUGAGCCUGGCUAAUGUUCCACCAGGCGAGCAGCGUUCCCGCUUCCUGGCUGUGGGUCUUGUAGACAAUACUGUCCGCAUCAUCUCCUUGGAUCCUUCAGACUGUCUUCAGCCCCUCAGCAUGCAAGCAUUGCCAGCACAGCCUGAAUCCCUGUGCAUAGUGGAGAUGGGCGGAGUGGAGAAGCAGGAUGAGCUUGGAGAGAAGUCCUCCAUUGGUUUCCUCUACCUCAAUAUCGGCCUUCAGAAUGGAGUCUUGCUGCGGACUGUUCUGGACCCUGUGACAGGGGACCUGUCAGACACUCGCACUCGUUACCUGGGGUCUCGCCCUGUCAAGCUCUUCCGUGUCAGAAUGCAAGGGCAGGAAGCUGUCCUGGCCAUGUCUAGCCGUUCUUGGCUAAGCUAUUCCUACCAGUCACGCUUCCACCUGACACCGCUGUCCUACGAGACACUGGAGUAUGCCUCAGGCUUCGCUUCAGAGCAGUGCCCUGAGGGUAUCGUGGCAAUCUCCACCAACACUCUGAGGAUUUUGGCUCUAGAGAAGCUUGGAGCAGUGUUCAACCAAGUUGCAUUCCCUCUUCAGUACACACCUCGCAAGUUUGUGAUCCACCCAGAGACCAACAACCUGGUGCUUAUCGAGACAGAUCACAAUGCCUACACAGAGGCCACCAAGGCCCAGCGCAAGCAGCAGAUGGCAGAGGAGAUGGUGGAGGCUGCUGGAGAAGAUGAAAGGGAGCUGGCUGCAGAGAUGGCUGCUGCCUUCCUGAAUGAGAACCUUCCAGAGGCCAUCUUUGGGGCACCUAAGGCUGGGUCAGGACAGUGGGCCUCACUUGUGCGCCUUGUUAACCCCAUUCAAGGCACUACCUUGGACUUGGUUCAACUGGAGCAGAAUGAGGCUGCCUUCAGUGUUGCAGUGUGCCGAUUUGCUAGUGGCGGGGAUGACUGGUAUGUCCUAGUGGGUGUGGCCAGGGACUUGAUCCUGAAUCCACGCUCAGUAGGAGGUGGCUUUAUCUACACUUAUCGCCUUGUUGGGGGUGGUGACAAGCUGGAGUUCGUGCAUAAGACCCCUGUGGAGGAUGUCCCAUUGGCCAUAGCCCCUUUUCAGGGUCGUGUGCUGGUUGGUGUAGGCAAACUCUUGCGCAUCUAUGACUUGGGCAAGAAGAAGCUACUCCGCAAGUGUGAGAACAAGCACAUUCCGAACCUGGUGACAGGGAUCCAUACCAUUGGGCAGCGAGUGAUCAUAUCUGAUAUCCAGGAGAGCCUGUUUUGGGUGCGCUAUAAGCGCAAUGAGAACCAACUGAUUAUCUUUGCUGAUGACACACACCCACGCUGGGUCACCACAGCUUGCCUGCUAGACUAUGACACCAUGGCAUCUGCUGACAAGUUUGGAAACAUCAGUGUUGUUCGCCUGCCUCCCAACACCAGUGAUGACGUGGAUGAAGACCCCACUGGGAACAAAGCACUGUGGGAUAGAGGGCUGCUCAACGGGGCUUCCCAAAAAGCUGAGGUCAUCGUGAACUACCACAUUGGCGAGACAGUCCUCUCACUACAGAAGACCACACUCAUCCCAGGGGGCUCAGAGUCACUAGUCUACACCACUCUGUCUGGAGGCAUAGGCAUUCUUGUGCCCUUUACUUCCCAUGAGGACCAUGACUUCUUCCAGCACUUGGAGAUGCACAUGCGAUCUGAGUUCCCCCCUCUCUGUGGAAGGGACCACCUGAGCUUCCGAUCCUAUUACUUCCCUGUUAAGAAUGUAAUUGAUGGAGACCUGUGUGAGCAGUUCAAUUCCAUGGACCCCAACAAGCAGAAGAGUGUGUCAGAGGAGCUGGACCGCACACCCCCUGAGGUCUCCAAAAAACUGGAAGAUAUCCGCACACGCUACGCCUUCUAGACCAUUUUAAAGCAUGAUAGCUGGAGGGCAGGAGUUUGGGAGGGCUGGGAGUUGACCCCACAGGCACUCAGCUACAUGCUCUUAGAUUUAGAAAGACAAAUGUACAGAUUUGUUCUCAUUGUAGCACACAAACUACCAACUGAUCUAGCAGACACACUGAAGCUGUCUUUUGUUUUCACUGGGUUUUUUUGGAGCCUAAUAAUCUUUUUCGGUCUUUUUUUUUUCCUUUUUUUUUUUAAACUGUACUUUCUUUUUGAACAGUGGUUGGACUUAAACUAAGCAAAACAAGUUGUGUUUUUACAUUAUACGCCUGAUUUGGAUCAGUGUAUUUGUGAAUGAAUUAACAAUUUCUUUCACAAUACACAGGCAAGGCCAUACCAUACAUGAGCUUCAGUGUGUCAUUUUUCUUGUACAAUGAACAAUUUGUUUGACUUGUUUGAGCUUUGAUAAACCGAAGAUUGAGGAGAAAAAUAGUUGCCCUUUAAUCCAGUUUGUUUGUCGGUUGCUGGACAUAAGGUAUUUAAGUAGUCCCCCCCCCCCAUAGCUGAUGUGUUCAUCUUUUGUUUGUACCUUGUAAUCUUAAUUAUAUAAACCUCCACCCAGCUUGAUGGGUGCCAAGCUGUAGGAGACAAAUUCCAUACUUUUUAUUGGGGGGGGGAAAUGGCGAAGGUAGGGGUUUGUUGUAAAUAAACUUUUUUUAUAUAAUUUGUUUCUCUUGGUGUCACUGCAUGUCUGCUAUGGGGAGGGUGGGUCAUGGAAUUUGAUUUACCCAUUCUGUUAUUCAUAGUACCAUUGUUUGAUAUAGAACCUGUUAAUGGACUGAUACUAGUGUUUGUGUUUUCCUAGCCUAGAGGUCAAGUUCUUCAGUGGGGCUACAAUGAGUACUUGGUCCUUAAUUUCCUUUGCUGUAUCUUCAUAUGGGUUCAGUGUUCGUCGCUGAAGUCAUUCACACUGAAGUGGGGUAGCUAACCUGCUGCUUUAGAUGGCACCCAUACUUUUCAUGGAAUUUUACUGUGAAGUGAGUUUUAAUCACAUAUACUGUCUUGUUCUGCAAAACAAGUGGCUUGUGUAUCACAUCCACAUUUUUUAUGUGUUCUGCACAGUCUGAGAUUUUCUGGUAUCAGAAAUAUCAAACUCAGGGUAUGCCCAGUCCAUCACUUUCCCUUGCAUCAGCUUAAAUUCCUUUGAGAAGUACUUAGUACUAAUUGACUCUUAGCUGUUGUGUAUAAUUAUCAUAAAUACAAUAAAACUAGCGUUUAAAAAAAUCAACUGAAAGUGAAUUCCCAACCAUUAUAGUUUGCUUCAAC